AUGACCCGCCGAGAGCACCUCCGCCGGCAGUAUGAGGAGCAGAAAGGAGAACUGGACCGAGCCCACGCGGUGCUCGGAUACCUACAGGGCGGAUCCGACAGCGAGGCCGCCGAGUGUCUGGCCCGAUUGCGAAUUGGCUGCACCGUCGACCAAGUCUAUCACAUGCUAGGCUCCCGUUCUCCCGGCCUGGACGGUAGACAGAUGUCCCCGGAAGCAGCACACGUCGCCGCACAGCUCAGCUCGAGCCACCUGUCAACAGCACUCACCGGAGGUCCCAGCACGAUAUCGACUGAUGGCGGAGACUUCGAUGGCGCGGCGUUGCCAGUGGGUGCUGGUCCCCCGAGAGACACCACAGGACCCUCCAUGUAUGCAUCACCGCGCAGUUGGGACGAGGCGCUGUUGACUUCUGCGUCCACGGAAUACCCUACAUCGCCGUGGUCAGACAUACUGGAUCUUGCGCUUCAACAGUAG